AUGGCGGCGGCGGCGGCGGAAAUCUUAAAUAUUCAACGACAAAUUAUUUUUGAUGAGUCAAUUGCGCACUAUGAAGUGCAUGCUCAUCUCCCGUAUGCUUCAUCAACAUUCAACAACAGCGAUGAAAUAAGAAUUGCUGUUCAACAUCAAGAUUUGUGUCUACUUCCAAGUAAAAGUACCCUACAUGUGUACGGAAAAUUCACAAAGUCUGAUGGUACAGCUGUAAGUGCAACUACUCACAUGGUCAACAUGACAGUCUGUCAUAUGUUUGAAGAACUACGCUACGAGCUCAAUGGUGUUGAGAUUGAUCGUAAUAAAAAUGUCGGUAUCACAAGUCUCAUGAAAGGAUACACAUCACUGAGUCCUGCUCAACAAAAUACACUCGAGAACUCAGGCUGGAUUGUAGAUGAAGCUGUAAACAAAUUACACAAUGACAAUGGCUACUUUGAUGUAUCUAUACCACUGAGUCUUUUGCUUGGAUUUGCUGAAGAUUACCAAAAAGUUGUCAUCAAUGCAAAGCAUGAAUUAAUAUUAAUAAGAUCAAAUGCUGAUUUGAAUGCCUACGUUGUGGCCACACCUGCUGCUGGAGCUCAUGCUGAAGCUGUUAAAAUUACGCUGCAAAAAAUCGAGUGGAUUGUACCAUAUGUGACUAUGGCUGAUAAACAAAAAAUUGAAGCUUUGAAUUAUAUCACAAGUGAUCCAGCUAUCUCAAUCAGUUUUCGUGCUUGGGAGCUGUACGAGUAUCCUCUAUUGCCAAAUACUUCAAAGCACAUUUGGGCAGUAAAAACUUCUACGCAGCUUGAGAAACUACGUUUUGUGAUACUUGGAUUUCAAACAGCAAGAAAAAAUGACGCAACUAAAAAUGCCAUUAGAUUUGAUCACUGCAACAUCAGAGACAUAAAAUUAUUUUUAAACUCUCAGAGUUAUCCUUAUGGGAAUUUGAAUCUCAACAUUGCAAACAAUCAAUAUGCUCUGUUGUAUGACAUGUAUAUAAAUUUCCAAAUUUCGUACUACAAUAAAGAACCUGAACGACUGCUGACGAAGAAAAAAUUUUUGGAACAAGCGCCGCUGUACGUUAUCGAUUGCUCAAAACAAAACGAAUCGAUAAAAUCUGGACCAGUGGACAUUCGACUGGAAUUUGAAUCCGCAAAUCAAUUUCCUGCGCAGACAUCAGCUUAUUGUCUCAUUAUACAUGAUCGCAUAGUCGAGUAUAAUCCUACGAGCAGCAUCGUACGAAAACUAAUAUGA